AUGGAAGAAUAUAGCAGAGAACCAUGGUGAGUACAAAAAACCUCCCGAAAAUCGAUAGAAAUUGAGAGAAAACGAGAAAAUCUAUUUUUGCAUCAUUUUUAAAAAUUUUAAGAAAUCGUGAAUUUCAGCCCAUAUCGUAUUGGAGAUGAUAUCGGAUCAGCUUUUGCAAUGGGACUUGUUGGUGGAUCAAUUUUCCAAUCUAUUGGAGGUUACAGAAAUGCAGCGAAGGGACAAAAAUUAGUGAGUAUUUUCAAAAAAAAACUGAAAAAUUCAAUAUUUUAAAGAUCGGAAUGGUUCGAGAAGUCCGAAUGAAAAGCACAUUAACGGGUGUUCAAUUCGCCGCCUGGGGUGGCAUGUUCUCCACAAUCGAUUGUUGUUUGGUGGCGAUUCGUAAGAAGGAGGAUCCAAUCAAUUCAAUUGUUUCGGGUGGUUUGACUGGUGCAUUAUUGGCUAUUCGUUCGGGUCCAAAAGUGAUGGCUGGUAGUGCGGUUUUGGGUUCAGUUAUUCUGGCUAUGAUUGAGGGAAUUGGUUUGAUGACAACGAGAUGGAUGGGAGCAAUGGCUGAUCCAACACAACCACCUGUAAGAUUCAUUUUUUAAUUAAUUCAUUAAUCAAUUAAUUUUCAGCCAGAAGCAUUGGACGAUCCAAGAAGUCUUGGACAAAAACCAUCGCAAUCUGAACCAGGAAUCGAUUCAACACGACCAUUCGGUUUACCUACAGGUCUCCCAAAUCUUUCCUAA